CCCUCUAACCAGUCAGGCCAUCGGGAGGGGACGGCCACGGCUUACGACGACGAGCCUCUUCGAUCUCGCUCAUCGCUCUCAUUUUCGUCGUCGCCUCCACCAUAUACACUCUUAUAGGUCUGUGCAAGCACCGAAGAAACUGAAGCAUCAGGAUUCACAAAGAAACAAGUUUCAACGUGAGGUUAGCGAAAACCCAUUUUCACUUCCAUUCGUUUCUGCCAUCAUUUUGCCUCUCGUUAUUCGUUCCUUUCCUCGUUGUAGCACCCCCAUUUCGUUUCUCUAAAAGUUGGUUCUGGCAAUGCAUUGGAGCGAGACUGAGAAUCACUCGAAGAAGGUCUGAACCAGUUGUAGUAAAAAUCACUUGCCGAUGGGUUACGGCUAUCUGGGUUUGAAAACCCUUAAUGAAAUACCAGUACAACGAUUAUACUUUUCUAUAACAUUCAAAUCUUUCAUCCAUGAACUCCACCUGCUCGACCGAAUUCCUCAGCGAACAGUUUCCUCAGUUAACCGCUCUAUGGUAAAUUGCUUGCACAAGAACCUUCCUUUUCAAGCUUUAGCCAUCUUAAGGGAACAAUCUCAGCUGGGUUUUGUUCAGAACAUUGACGAAGUCACGUUUGCUCUGUCUCUCAAGGCUUGUCGAGGGGAAUUCAAACUCGGGUACCAAAUCCAUGGACUUGCCGUAUCUGGCGGGUUUGUUUCAUAUCUCACAGUUUCAAAUUCACUUAUGAACUUGUACUGCAAGUCUGGACAUUUUGGGAUUGCUUUGCGGAUUUUUGAGAAUUUGAGCCAUCCUGACAUUGUCUCUUGGAACACAAUUCUUUCAGGAUUUGAGAAGAGUGAGGAUGCAUUUAGUUUUGCUCGUACUAUGAAUUACAAUGGGAUUGUUUUUGACCCGGUAACAUAUACUACAGUUCUGUCUUACUGUACAGAUGGUAAUGAAUUUUGGGCUGGAUUGCAGUUGCAUUCUCCCAUACUAAAACACGGAUUGGAGAGUGAGAUAUUUAUAGGGAAUGCGCUUAUAACCUUGUACUCUAGGUGGGGGCGACUAGCUGAAGCCAGGAGGGUGUUUGAUGAAAUGCCUAAACGAGAUUUGGUUUCGUGGAGUGCAAUGGUUUCAGGAUACGCGCAAGAGGGAGAUGAUAGGUUGGAAGCUGUUUUGAUAUUCAUCAAUAUGAUGAGAGAAGGUACACUGCCUGACCAUGUCUCGUUAACCGGUGCAAUUUCAGCUUGUGGUCAUGAAAAAAAUUUAGAACUAGGGAGACAGGUUCAUGGUUUGACCAUAAAAUUGGGAUAUGACAGACAUCUUUCGGUAGGUAAUGUUUUGAUUUCAACCUAUUCAAAGUGUGAGGUCAUCAGGGAUGCAAAAUUGGUAUUUCAGUUCAUGAGUAGCCGUAAUGUAGUCUCUUGGACUACCAUCAUAUCAAUAGAUGAAGAUGCAAUUUCUCGCUUUAAUGAGAUGAGAAUCGAUAAUGUGUAUCCAAAUGAAGUUACAUUUAUAGGAUUAAUCCAUGCAAUCACAACUCAGAGUUUGCUAAAUGAAGGUCUAAUGGUUCAUGGGUUAUGUAUAAAAGCCAACUUUUUAUCUGAGUCAACUGUGUGCAAUAGCCUCAUUACCAUGUAUGCCAAGUUUGAGUCCAUUCAAGAGUCGAAGAAGAUUUUUGAGGAACUUAGAACCAGAGAAGUAAUAUCAUGGAAUGCUUUGAUUUCUGGCUAUGCUCAAAAUGGCAUGUUUAAAGAAUCUUUUCUUACAUUUUUGUCUUCUUUAAAGGAGAUGACACCCAACCAAUACACUUUUGGUAGUGUCCUAAAUGCAAUUGGUGCUGCCGAAGAUAUAUCCUUAAAACAUGGCCAACGUUGUCAUUCCACCUUGAUCAAACUUGGUUUAAGCACUGACCCAAUUGUAUCAGGGGCUCUUCUUGACAUGUAUGCCAAGCGGGGAAGCAUAAUCGAGUCUCUACGAGUUUUUGAUGAGACACCUGAAAGAACCCAGUUUGCUUGGACUGCAAUAAUAUCUGCAUAUUCUCGACAUGGAGACUAUGAGUCGGUGAUGAGUUUGUUAAAGCGUAUGGAAAUGGAAAAGAUCACUCCUGACUCUAUCACUUUCCUUUCUGUCCUAACAGCAUGUUGUAGAAACGGCAUGGUUGAUAUUGGCCUGAAAGUCUUUGACACUAUGAUCAAAGACCAUCACAUUGAACCACAUCCUGAACACUACUCUAUUAUGGUGGACAUGCUGGGCCGUGCAGGGAAACUAAAAGAGGCAGAAGAGUUGAUGAAUCAGAUUCCAGGAGGACCUGGAUUGACUGUAUUGCAAAGUUUGCUUGGAUCUUGUAGGUUACAUGGGAACAUUGAGAUAGCUGAAAAGGUGGCCGAUCGUUUGAUAGAAAUGGAGCCCACUUGUUCAGGUUCAUAUGUGUUGAUGUCAAACUUGUAUGCUGAGAAAGGAAAGUGGGAGAAAGUUGCAGAAAUGAGGAGAGGGAUGAGAGAGAGGGGAGUGAGGAAGGAAAUAGGGUUUAGUUGGGUAGAUGUUGGUAAGAAUAAUAUUGAUUCCUUGAAUUUGUUUGGGUUCUCCUCUGGGGAUAAGUCUCACCCUGAUUCUGAGGAGAUUUGUGGGAUGGCAGACUUUCUAGGACUAGAAAUGAAAUUUUGGGAACAUGAAAGGAGAGAGAACAAAGAAGAGAAGUACUUGGAUCACAACUAAGGUCAUGUUUGGUAUAAGGGAACCGGUUGAGGAUGAGAAUGAAAAUGCAACAAUAAUAAGCCUUAUCUCACUAGUUAGAUGCCAUUAUGCUCUAUUAACAAUCAAAUCCUUAAAUGAGGAGCAAAAAAAUUAUGUUUGAUUGGGAUAAAUGGAAUUCAAAGGAAGUCAAUUCCCACAGGCGUUGGUGUUUUUGGGUUCUAUUUUUCAGCUUAUAAGCACGGGUAGUUUGUCACGUCAAUAGUGAAUUUUGAUCAAACAUAUACAUCACCUCGAAAAUCCAGUGCUUGAACCCAUUGUUGAUGUGGGAGAAAAUAUUGGCACUUGAGAAUAUCCUUGUGCCAUACUUAAAGUUCUGCCAGGGCAAUGGAGCUGUGGUGUUUAGUGUUGCUUAGUGAGGGGUAUGCGGACCUAUGUCAACAUGAAUCUUCUCUACUCAACCUUGUAACCUCGGCAUCGUAUAUUAAACUUUUUUGGUUUUUGAUCA